AUGACGAGGUACUCGUGGAAUAUUCGUCAAACGUACGAGUCACAAGCCGAAUUCAAGUCUCAGCCGCUCUCGAUUAUGCAGACGUACCCGCGAGAGGCCUUGGACUCCCUCAAGGAAGAGCGGAAAACUGAUGUCCUGGAAGUUCAGUGGAGGGCAUUAGAAGAUCCCUUCAAGAUGACGGACGCAAACAUGCAGAAUAUAAUCGCGACGUUUUUCUUCGUCGCGUACAUGUUCUUGAUAGUGGUAGCUAUGUGCGGCGCCGUAUCUGUCGUGUUCAUCGUUCUGCGUUAUCGGAAUCUCCGAUCACGUCCCAUAAACUUCUAUUACGUGAACAUGGCGUUCGCGGAUCUGUUCCUGGCCGCUCUAGGAGCUCCAUUCCGAGCUGUUUAUUACCUCAAAAUGCAGUGGACUUUCGGCGUUCUGCUUUGCCAAUGGUUCGAAUACGCCGAAAGCCUGGCGUUCUUCGUUCACGUAUACUCCCUCAUGAUGGCCUCUUUCCUGGUGCUGCAGGAUGUGCUCUUCGUGCGGAGGAGCUACAGACGCACGCAGGAGGAGCGCAACACGUGUUUGCGGUCGUAUGUCGUGACCUCCUUCGGUGUUUGGACCUUCGGAAUCCUGGUGUGCCUGCCGUACAUCACGCACCGUAUUUUCAAUCGCGAUCAGUGUCAAAUUUCGGACAGGAACUUGUUCCUCGUCCCCGAAAGGAUAUUCGGUCCGCUGGUUCUCAUCGUGAUACCGGUCUCGGUGACGAUCCUCGCGAUAUUCUUCAUUAUCUGCUGUGCCUGCAGCACGAAUCGAGUCGUGUCGACGUACCAAGAAAACAUCCUGGUUCGGGCUCACAAAUCCACUCGGCACAUCUCGCUGUUCCUCCUCAUCUUCAUACUCUGUCAGGUUCCUUAUACCGCUCUGAAGUGGUUCAAGUUGCAGGCGGACGCUCAGCAUGACACGCUCGAGUUCUGUGCGGCGGGACUGCGGCUUGCGAGCGCGUGCUUCAGCGCUGCCUUCUUCUGCUAUAUCAGUGAAGAAAAAGUUCUCUUUAACGUGAGACACGCAAUGGGAACCAAAAAAGGACCGAGUGUCAAGCCUGACAAAAUACCUCUGCGCAGCGUAAGCGACACGCAAUACAGGGAAGAAAACCAAUCGUCCGCAGCGACGCCUGCGGCUACAUCACCGGGACAGACAACAAUCACAGCACCCAUGGUGACGCGGCCCUCAACACUCGGGAAGAACGGAAGCGGUCAACCGAGUAGACAGGAUCCCUACGCGCGCUACUCGACCAUCAGAGAUCAGCCAGAGACCUACGUUUAA